AUGACAGAUUUCUAGUCUAAGUAUGCUUUCGCAUUUGACGACAGUGAUGACGAUAACACAGCUUUUAAUCUCAACCAGGUCAAUUAAAGCAGUGGAUAAUCCUCAAAUCAGGCAAACUUGCAGGAAAGCAAGGUUGCCAGCUAAAGCUCAAAUCAAUAGGUUGCUGGAAUCAUUAGCUGGGGAGAUGAGUAAUAGACAGAUUCAAAUUUAUUCAAUAAUUCAGCUAAUUUGAUAGUCCAGUCCUAAGAUAUCUAGGAAAAAUCUCUUUAGGAAAAUCACCUAGCUGAUAUUCAUAAAUCAAACAAUCAAGCUGACCUUACUUCUAGUUACCAAUUAGUUGAUUAGCAUGAAGAUCUAGCCUAGAACGCAAAUGAUGAGUAAUUUUAGGUAUACAGAUUCUAAGAUGAGUAAGACCAAUCCUAAUAAAUACAAAUCAACUCUCAUUAGUAGCACUAAAAUCUAAACUCAAGUAUCUAAUUCUAAGAGACUAAUUAGGAUGAAAGCACAAAUAUGAAUGUCAAUUUCUAGAGUGACCUUCAGAUUUAGCAAGAUUAUUUCGAUCAAAGUAACUCAAGUAGCGUUUAGAGAGAUAGUUAAUAUGUGAAUAUAUCUCCAUAAAAUGAUAAUUAAGUACAGUCAGACACCCAAUCUCUGGAAUAAGAACAGCAUGACUCUUAGCAGUUCAAGUUCAACAGCUCUAGUGUCCCAUCAAUAGAUUAGAGCUCUAAUUAAAAUCUUAGCUAAUCAAAUCAACAGCAAUUGGCAUAGGAAAAUAGCAGUUUUAAUAACUAGAGUGACUAAUCUUCAUCCUAGACUUCAAAAUAAUGGUAAAACAUAAAGCAGUUCAAAGCUCCAAUCAAUAACUUUUUCUAAGAGCUAUUAUCAGACUCAGAUAGUGAUGAUGGGGCUGGAUUAGACUUUAAUUUCUUAAAGCCAGUGUAAAACCUCAAAUAAAGCUAGCCAUAAGCAAUAAUCUAAAAUGCACAAUAAUUUGAAUAGCCAUUCCAUUAAAAUCAAAGCUAAUCUAUCCAAUAGAAUCUGAUAACAACUAGCAAUCAGAGUGAAGUCUAAAUACAAUCAGCUUAGCAAUAAAAUUAACUUGAUGACUAUUAAACUAUUCUAAAUCAGCCUUAGACAGAUGUUAGUGAAGAGAGAGAGAUAGUAGAAGUACCUUAGGAAAUUCAGCAAGAACUUGAUGAAUAUGAUGAAUAGCAGAGAAAUAAUCAUCCAGAGUAGCAUCUCUAUCAUCGUGAAUAGUUUUAUCAGUAUCAAGACUCAUCGAAGAUCACCUAAGUUCUUGUCCUUGAUCACGAUGACUAAUAAAAUGAGGGCUAGUAAAAGGCCUAGGAAUAGAAUAACUAGCAAGAGCAAUUACAAGUGAUUGAGGAAUAGCAGUAGCCACAAAUUGAUGAUUAAUCCAGUCAAAUUCUAGAGGGAUCAGAUAGUCACUAAGCUAUCCUUUAAUCAAGUAUUGACGAAUAUGCCUUACUUCAAAAGUAUCAGCAUCCAAUUGUUGCAGUAGAAGAAAUAAAAUUUGAAGAGCAGGUGACUGAUGCAUUUGCCAAUAAUUAAUUAACAGAAUCUGAGGUAAAUCAAGUAGAAGAGAUCAAAGUAUAUAACUUUAACUUUGAAGAUGAUCAGUAAGAUAAUCUACUACAACUUUCAUCAGGCAAGCAAGAGGCUUUCAAUUUCUUCAAUCAGCAGCAUACUUAACCACAUCAAGAGUUCGUGUUAAAAUAAGAGAAUAAAGUGUAAACUCAUAUUACAAAAGUUACUCAAGUACAGCAACAACCAUUCUCUUAAACUCAUCAAUAAACAAUAAAUUAAGAUUGGAAACUAGCUUAAGAGAUAAUUCAUAAUGAAUAGUAAGUUCACUCAGACAUUCAAAGUCAUUUCUUUCAACAAGAUAUGCACCUAUAGAGAGAUUAGGAACUGAUCUAAUAACUUGAUUUACUUCAGCAAAAUUAGAUUUAAAAUGAAUUAGAGACCACAACACCUCACAAAACUUAAUUUAUUGAAUAACUACCAAAAAUAUCGAAUAACUAAAAUGCUUAGGAGUCUGUAAACUAGGAAGAGCAAGAUUAACUGCUAUUUGAGAUAUUUGGAGAAAUUGUUCAUGAAAAUCCUUUGUUCACUAAUUAAUUGAGAACAACAAUUUCUAAUAAAAUUGAUCAAUAUCUUCAGAAAAAUCAUUACUUGACCAAGAUCUAAAGAAGUGUUUGGGAGUUAUUGCAAUUUUCUAUCAAUUAGGUUAAUAGUGGGCUAGGUAAAACAAGUAGUGGAUCUCUACUUCCAUAUUUCUUAGAGACAUCUAGCCCUUUUAUGUCUGGCUAGAGAAAUCUCAUAAUCGAGUAGUUGAUUGAUGGUGCUAAUCUAUCAUAAUUUAUGGAACCUAUUUUCUAAAGACAGACUGAUCAUUAAUAAAACAGGGAAAUGAAUAAGGCUGAUGAUAGGAUUUUUGACAACGAAAAAGGCAUGUAAUUUGAAAGUAUCGCAAGGCUCUUACUGAGUUAGAGCAAGGAUAUAGACGCAUUAGUCAUUACUGCUAUAUUUUGCAAUCCUAAGGACAGGAAUCAGAUUCUUGGUGAUUACAUUAUCAGAGAAUUUAAGCCAGACCAUCCAUUAUUUGUACUAAUGCUAAUUCUUACAGACUCUGUAACUUUAAAAAUUAAAAAUAUUAAUUUUAUGUAGUGGAGAAGAAUAUUCUAAGAAGAGAGCAUUCUAGAGAGAGUUAGUCAAACGUGGAAACUUCACAUGUCAGUUAUUCUCAAGAAUAUUGACUUAUUCCCAGGUGAUGUUUACGGGUAUCUAUAUAUGAGGAUUCUAUUAGGGAACUUGUAGAUUUAUGAUAUCUAGGAAAAUGAAAAACUAAUGAGUGAUCUAAGUGUCAAUUACAUUUACAACAUUCUAGAAAAUCUUAAUCCAAAGAGUGAAGAAUCUUCAAGGAAAAAAGUACUAAUGGCUUACUAUAGAAGCAAAGUUUACAAAAAUCUUGAUUAUGCUUCGCAAGCUUUAGAGGAUUAAAUAAAUCUAGUAGCAAGAUUCGGCCAUUAUCUCGAACCAAGAAUUAGAGAGACUUAGCAUUUCUAAGAUUUAAUGGAUAGUUUCUAUUAAUUAAAUAAUAACUCAGACAGGAAUAGUGCCUCUGGGUCAGGCUAAAACUCACUUAAUCAAUCUAUGAGCCAAGCAGUCUUUAGGAAUAGCAGUUCUAGUGACCAGAAAAUAGGGGACUAGCUUGCUUAAGGCACUUAAGGUUUAAUUACUGGCUUCAAGGGUUUCUUUAAGAAAGUAAUGGACUAAGCAACUACUAUUUAAUAAACAAUUAUCAAUGAAAUCAACACUCCAGAUAACCAGUCUAGUCAAAGUAUCAAGAGUGCAGAAUCCCUUCUAAGACCACAAACUGACUCCUAGUCAAUGUUUAGCCAAUAAUAGAUCAAUAUCAAUUAGAACUAUCCUCUGAGUUCAAACUAUCUUGACAUGAUAGACUCAGAUCGUAAUUCUGAACACAGCUCUAACAAAAGUUAGCCAAAUAAUAUCGAUAAUGCAGUAAAUUUCAUUAAUCACCAGUCAUAACUUGAAAGUACUCUAACAUAAGUUUAAACUGAUUUAAACACGAGUAUUAUUAAAGACUCAUAUUCCCCUUAGAAUUAAGCCUAAAAUUAAGCAAAUAACUUAAAAAAUGGCUUUUAAAUACCUUAGCAGAUAUAACCCAGAUUCUAGGCACCUGUGAGAGCAAGACCAAACAUGCCCUAAAGAUUUAUUACGCCAGUUUACAGACCUCCAGUUCAAAUUUAGGCUCAGCAAAAUUUGCAAAGAAACAUCCAAAGUGACUAAUUUAAUCAAGCAAGCUAAUCAACUUUAAAGUAAACUUAAUAGGUUGAGGUUUUAAGUCAAGACAAUCAGGCUUCUAUUCCUCCUCCAUAAGGUUAAAUUAAUCCAUUUGGAAUGGUGCCAAGACCAGGUCCAGGAGGUAUGCAAAGAGCAGCUCAAAGAGGUAAACCUCAAUAUGCUAGUUUACUUCAUCAUAAUGAAGAUUAACAAAAAUAAGCAGCAUAUGAUUUGAACAUAAACUCAAAUAACUACUGA